GCUCAACUGGGUGUUUCAUUGCAGCUGUUCGGGUGGGACCUUGCAUCGUUGUGGAUGACUGCAAACCAGAAACGUUGUCAUGCACUCAUUCGGGGAGGAACACUUUGGGAAGCUAUCAAAUCGUACCAGCAUAUGAUGGAUGUAGAUGACAUAACUACGAAGACUAACUCCCUUGGUUGGUCUAACAUUUUCAAGCAAGAAUGCAGCGCGCUCUGUACUGCCAACGGAGAUGCUGCCUUUGUUGCAAACAAUUAUGAGAGGGCUAUCGACCUGUACUCAGCAGCGAUUGAGUUGUGUUCUGCAUCUGAUGUCAUCUUUGCAAAGCGCUGUAAGGCCAAGUUGGGAAAAAUGUUAUGGAUCGAAGCACUUCAUGAUGCGCAAAAGCGCUUCAUGGUGCACAACGUUAUGAUGAAGCAAUCCAGGUCUUCCAAAUUAUGAUGACCAAAUUGGACGAUGCCACUGACGUUCCGACUCAAAAGCUGCGCCAGCAGUAUCUUAGUCCAUCCGAAGCAACAUAUGACAUUCAAAAGGUCACUGAUGCUCAAUUAGAAGACGCUCCAUUUCGUGUACUCGACACCACCACCGGGCUUUUAUGCGACCGAGAGGCGCAGAUAAGCGCCUUCGAAACGAGUGUAGAGUACAAGGAGCUUGUGUCAUCAACAAUCGCGCAUCCAGACUCCAGAAUGA